CCCAAAACUCUACAGGCCCCGAAACCGCAUUGGUCUGCAAUUCGCGGGCUUUUUGCGCCCGUCCCCUCAGCUGCCCUUCCUGACCAGGCCCAGAUAUACUGUGUAUCACAAGGGUUUGUGGUGUACGUAUAGGCCUCUUACAAGUAACGACUUGUUGAACGUGUCCAUACUUCGCGCGUCUGCAUUUUUGAACUCGGUGCUGUCUUUGGUCUCUCGCGAGUAGGGCUCCAAGCAGAACAAUGUCUGCAGCCAACAGCCCCGGUGGCUCGCGUGGCGCAGGUGCAGACCCCAUGGAGGAGGACGCGCCCCAGCAGCAGCAGCAGCCCGCCAACAGCGCCCGCACCGCCUCGGGGCUGGGCAACGCCGACGCGCCAGGCUCGCAGCAGGGCACGCCCGCGGCCCACCAGCAGCAGGCGCAGCCCCAGCCCAGCGGCAGCGUGCAGCAGCAGGGUGCAAGCGACGCCACGGCGGGUGCGCAGCACGGCGCGGCGACGCCGCUGCCUCGCGGCCACAACCGCGGCGAGCUUGGCGGCGGCGCCAUGGCGCGGCCCAACGUGCGUGUGGGCACUGCCGCCAAGCCGCAGCGCACCGCCUCCGUCAGCACUGUGCUGCCGGGCGCCCUGAACGAGGACGACAGGGAGCUGCCGCCGGCUGUGGACGCGGCGGUGGAUGACGGCACGUACGUGUGGGGCACCAACAUCAACUCGCGCCAGUUGCGCAGCCAGAUUGAGGCGUUCAUCAGGCAGUACAGGCCCGCAGGCGCCGCCGCGGGCUCGGUACCCAAGUACGUGCAGAUCAUCAAGGAGGCCAUCGAGGCGGGCGAGACGUCUGUGAAUGUGGACACGGCCGACAUGCGGGCGGUGGACCCGGAGACCGGCACCGCGCCGCACGCCAGCCUGUACGAGACACUGGUGGACUUCCCGCGCGAGGUGCACUGCGUGCUGGACGAGGUGGUCCGCGAGGUGGCUGUGAAGGACCUGGACUUUGAGCCGGAGCUGCUGGACCGGCAGCAGGCCAUGGACCUGUGCAUGCUGGUGUGCCGCCCCUACAACCUGGCUGCGGUGAAGCACAUCCGCGACCUGGACCCCUCGGACAUCGACAAGCUGGUGUGCAUCAAGGGCAUGGUCACGCGCACCUCCGCCAUCAUCCCCAACCUGCGCUACGCGGUGUUCGAGUGCGCGGCGUGCGGCCAAGAGGUGGCGGCGCCCAACGUGGGCGGGCGCGUGGAGGACCCCACCGGCUGCGCGGGCUGCAAGAAGAAGUGGAGCAUGGCGCUGCAGCACAACAAGGGCCAGUACACGGACAAGCAGCUGGUCAAGAUGCAGGAGAGCCCCAACGACAUCCCCGAGGGCGAGACGCCCAUGGGCGUGACGCUGUACUCGUACGACACGCUGGUGGACGUGGCGCGGCCCGGAGACCGCGUCACCAUCACAGGCAUCUACCGCGCCGCGGCCGUGCGCGCCAACCCGCGCCAGGCCGCGCUGUACGCCAUGUUCCGCACCUACGUGGAUGUGGUGCACGUGCACCGCGACGAGUCCCGCCGCCUCUUCAGCGCCGCCGGCGGCGCCGCCGACGCCGCCGCGGCUGAGGCGGAGCCCACUGUGCUGUCCUGCCCCAACACGCCCGCUGACUCGCAAAGCGGCGAGCCGCCGGUCACGGAGACGCAGGCGGACCCGGCCGCUGCCAGCGAUGAGCAGUUUGUGGCCAUUGAGAACAUCACGGCCGAGGAGCUUCGCGAGGUGGAGGGACAGAUCAAGGAGCUGGCCGCGGACCCGCGGCUGACGCAGCGCCUGAUCGCGAGCCUGGCGCCCAACAUCUGGGAGAUGGACGACAUCAAGAAGGGAGUGCUGUGCCAGCUGUUUGGCGGCUGCAGCAAGGCGUUCCCCGGCGGCAAGAUCCGCGGCGAGCUCAACGUGCUACUGGUGGGCGACCCCUCCGUGUCCAAGUCGCAGCUGCUGACCUACGUGCACAAGCUCGCCCCGCGCGGCAUCUACACCAGCGGCAAGGGCAGCUCCGCGGUGGGCCUCACCGCCUACGUCACCAAGGACCCCGAGACCAAGGAGAUGGUGCUGGAGUCGGGUGCGCUGGUGCUGUCAGACCGCGGCGUGUGCUGCAUCGAUGAGUUCGACAAGAUGAGCGACAGCGCCCGCAGCAUGCUGCACGAGGCCAUGGAGCAGCAGACCGUGUCGGUGGCCAAGGCCGGCCUCAUCUCCACCCUCAACGCGCGCUGCUCCGUGCUGGCCUGCGCCAACCCCAUCGGCAGCCGCUACAACCCCAACAUGUCCAUCGCCGAGAACAUCAACCUGCCGCCCACGCUGCUCACCAGGUUCGACCUGAUCUACCUGGUGUUGGAUCGCUACGAGGAGCAGCGCGACCGCCGCCUGGCCCGCCACCUGGUGUCGCUGUUCCACCCCGGCUCCACCGACCGCAGCCGCACCGCCGGCGCCGGCGACCUCAUCUCGCCCGACCUGCUCAAGAAGUACGUGGCGUACGCGCGCGCGCGCUGCCAGCCCAAGCUGAGCGACGAGGCGGCGGAGGAGCUGGUCACGCGCUACCAGACGCUGCGCCGCGACGGCCGCGAGCGCAAGGUGGUCAUGGCCACGCCCCGCCAGCUGGAGUCCCUCAUCCGCAUCGCCGAGUCCCUGGCGCGCAUGCGCCUGGACGCCCACGUGCGCCGCGAUGACGUGGCGGAGGCCGUACGGCUGUGGUACGGCGCCAUGGCCGGCAGCACCAGCGGCGGCGCGGGCGGCGGCGACGGGCGGCCUGAUCUGGACACUCUGUACACGGGCACCACCGCGGCGCAGCGUGAGGCGGCGCGCGCGCUGCCCGAGGAGCUGCGCGCCUUCUUCCAGAACACGCGCCUGCACCACGCGCUGUCGCUGGACGACCUCCUCCGCGACCUCAACCACCAGCUGCAGCAGCAGGCCCAGCAGCAGCAGCAGCAGCAGGGCGGCGCCGCCGCGCCGCGCAAGGCUGCGGCGGGUGGCGUCAGCCGCGCCGCGCUGAUCAACGCGCUGCGUCAGCUGGAUGACCUGGUGGUGUUUGACCAGCUGACCAACACCGUGCGAUCCGUGAACCGGCCAGCGCAGCAGGCGCCGGCCCAGGGCGGCGCUGCGGCUGCCAAGGAGGCUGAGGCGGCGGCGGCGCAGGCGGCGGCGGUGCUGGCGGCGGCGGUGCUGGCGGCGUAGAGGGGCUGAGGGCGGAUGUGACAUGCGGGUUCGGGUUGGAUUCGGGGGGUGAGGUGAGAGCCGCCAGCGCCGUAGCGGGCGGCAGUGGCAUGUUGCAGUGGUUUGGUGUGGUGAGCGAUUCUGUGGUGGCUUGAUGUCCUAAAGGAAAGGGUAAGGUCAGCCAACGUUGACCGAAGGGACGUAAUGUGAUGUGAUGUAUCGCCUUGGCUAUAAUACCCCGCGUGCCCAACUGAGCACGCGGCUGGUUGAAUUGACACGCUUGCGGUGUGUCGGGAAGCUGGGAACGUGUGCCGAAGGGCCUGAACCCCUGGCCAAGGCCGCGGGUGUGCAGGCAAGGAGGUGUGUGGUCGCAUGCAGGCCGAGCCGCAUGGCAGACCGUACUGAAACUGCCCAUUGAGCAGAGCAGGUGGCGUGUGGGAAGCGCCAAUGCGCUUCCGGGUCUCGAGUGCUUGACAUUUCGACGUGAAGAGCCUAGAGGCAUGCAUGCUGGCAUAGAGCCAGGAUCGGACGUGAAGAGGGAGCGUGGCGGCAUAAACGGGCGGGUACUUCCUAACCCGCAUGACUUGGACCAAUGACUCCACUCGUGUUAUGUUGUUGCAAUUGCUCACUCCGCUGGCGAGGGUGGGCGGUAAUG